AGAUCUCUUGAACAAAUUUUGAUUGGCUGUGUGCAUCAAGCAAGCCCAGGCUUAACUUUGAGUCAACCAAGCGAUGAUCCGAAUGUUCCAUAUGAAAUGAAGUUUAUUGUUCAUCCUCCUCAUGAGUCAUUUUGUAUCACAAAGAUCGUACUCUUGUCCGAGGCAAGAAAUCUUGAACUAUAUGUAAAUGGUGGAUACGAGAAAAGUACAAGAGGAAUCAUGCUUACACUGAACAAUAAAAGGUGGGUAAGGGAUUGCAUCCAUAAUUAUCAAUAUUUUUACAAGCAUACAGAGGGUACCCUCUCCCAUUAAAACACUCUUAAAUGUUAAAUAUUGUUGAACCUCAGGUAUGAUAAUGAUGGAUCGGGGAGCGUUGACUAAAUGGAACGAUGAACCCUUAUCCAAAGUGAAACCCUAACAUCCAAACAAUAGGGGGGAGGGCUAUUGCCCUCAACACGUUCAGAAAGUCUUUGUUUAACCCAUCGAGUGGCAGCACUCCCCCCUGAUGAAUAAAAUCGUCUGGUGUUAGACAGAGUAAAAUAAUAAAGUGGGGUGCAUUGCCACUUAAAGGGUUAAAAUGUUAUCAAAUCUGUAAGUGUAACAAUGACUAUACAGCAAUGUAAACCUGCAUAUAGGCUAUAUUUAUGACAAUUUGCAUGGUAUUUAAGUCAAAAAAGUUAAUGCAAGGAACUAACAUUUUCAGUGACAUGAGAAUCAGAGUUAAAUUUGCACCCCAAUAUUUGAAGUGUCUGCCACAAUGUGCCAUAUUUGAAGUGUCUGCCCACGAAUGGUUAUUACUGAAUCGCGAUGUAAAACUUACUGUCGUUUAAUGUUUCGUAGGAAGUCGUCACUGUUUGAAGCUCAAUUUGAUCUCUCUGGUUACAUUGAAACAAAAUCAAACGCAACGAUAAAAGUAUGUACUGUACUGUCUGUAUACUAUCCCAUUCAGGUAUCAACUGCGCUAUUUAUGUAAAUUAUUUUCUCAAAAAGUGUCACAUUUUACUCGUAGAGCCUGUACAUUACCAGGACACCAUGGGUUAAUGUUAUUUGUAUUUUUAAUUAUUAGUUUUUGUCUCAUCCAUGUAAAGAACACAUGAAACUGCAAGCUGUUGUACUGAAAGUUGAACGGUGCAAGCCAAUUUCAUCUAUACAAGAGGAGCAGGUGCGCGCUAAUGAGACCGUUUUACUUUUGGAUACAAAUUGCAAAUGUAUUUUCAUUUACAACAAAAUUCUUAAAUGCAAUGGCAAUCUCGUUACUUUGACGGAAACAUUUGUUGCAUAAUAAUGGAUCAGUUACAGUCCGUAACUGUUUCCAAAUACCGCCGGAACUACCAUCGAACGAAACAGUAACUGCUUAGCCUUAGAAUUCCAAUGUUUUUUCCACAAUUGUAUGCAGGCACGUACGAUGAACAUUAAAGUAAUACAUGAAAAAAGCUCAUUGGAAUUAUGUUGUUUGUUGAAAGUAGUAGUAUAUAUAGUACUCCCAGAGGCCAUUACCAUUAUUGUUCAUCUUUCAUACUGUUAUUAAUUCAGUCAGGAGGUCCCGUUAAUCUGUCAAGUGUUAGACGUUAUCUUGGUUCAAUGGGCAGACCACUUAAUAGUGAUGCACAAAAGAUGUUACAGUCCAUAGAAAACUAUCAACAGGUAUUCUACUGUAUGUAGCCGAGGUUUUAGAUUACCCUUGAUUAAUAUCGUUCAGACACUUGCGGAUACAACUACCCGAUAUAUUUACUGGUAAGCAUGGAGAUCUUAAGACUUUGGCUACAAACUUCCUGAUGCGCCUAGUGGGUAAUUCCAUGGUAGUGAUGACAUUUUUGGAAGAAAAAAAUUGUCAAGAAUUUUCAGAAGCUAUUGGAAACAAUUCUGAACUGAAAUAUAAAGAUGUACUUUAUAUGUAACAUGAGUGACGUAACAGGAGUCACGUGUAUUUUGUAGCAAUCUUUACUAUUGUAAUCCAAAAUAUAAAAUUUCUUUGUGUUGGUAGUUUGCCUAACAUAUAGUCUGUUACUUGACAGACAUUGUAUGUUUCUCCUUCCUAAGGUUCCCGGAGAAAUUCAAAAUAGUUAGGUUGUUGUUACCUCAUGUCACUUUGUCGUAACAAUGUAACAUGAGUCACAUACCAAUUUACGGCCACCAAUCUUACCAUAUGUUAUAAUCAAAUGUUUAAUUUUUACUGUGAAUCAGUAGCUUACCAUUAUUUAUAUAAAAUGUGACAGAAAAAAUGUAUUAGUUAUUACACCAGAUCAAAAUUACUCUGAUAAUUUGGUUCAGAAUGUAACACGAGUCACCAUGGAAUUACCCUACUAGUGUUUUUCAGAUUAGCCGUGUAUCUCGCUGUCUUGUUAUCGUCGAAACCUACAGUGGCACGGACCGUUCGAGUUAAUAUCGUUCAGUCUCCUUCCUGGUUCUUUGCCAUAAUCUAGUAUGCCAUAAAGGCUUUGACUGGUCUUGUACGGUAUUCGGCAGCACAGAAAACCGAGCUCAACCUGACAAACAGUUUGCCGAUGGUGGUUUAAUAUAUGCAGGGAAGCGAUAAAGCGUAUUUACAUAGGUCACAGCAGACAGAAAUGCGUGUAUGCACAUCUUGUCAGGUUUACAUCGUUUACAAAUUGAAUUUCAUUCAAAAUGUUACAAGGUGCCUAUGAUGGAUAAAAACUCCAGACCUUUCUCAGACCUUUACCUGGUUAUUCUCUAGGUUUAUUGGACAUUGAAAGUUUGCAAACUUGUUUAUAAUUCUAUUUAUAAUUCUAUUUGAAAAUAAUAAUGAACUCUGAGAAAACGAAAUGAUCCACAAUAUUUCUUUAUCCUUUUUAGAGUCCAGCUUUCAAAGCGCAGCAGAUGCUGUCUUCUCAGGCAGCGCUUUUACAAAACAUUGCACAAAGCAGAGGAACUGAAGCAUCUAGAGACAGUCAGAUAUCGCGGCAAGAGGAGAAAGGUAUUAGAUGAAUGAUAAAACUUACAGUAUAAGAUGCAAGUGCAGGACUCGCUAAACCUGGAGCUUCUGAACCUGACCAUAACCCUAUCCCUACCACACCCUAUCAGGGUCAGGGUGUGUUUUCACUGCAUUCCCCCUGUCGUUGUUAAGUGUCUUGCAGUUAUAUGUAUGACUAAACUUUUUUGUAUAGUGGUUUCGAACGAAGAACGCCAUCGUGCUCGCCAGCCAGAGGAAGACAAAUCAUUCAUGAACAUGCUUUCACAACUGGGUUUAAAAGAUAAACCAAUCGGU